AUGGGUAUAACAAAUACUCAAGGAAAUGGUUGUUUUUCAAUGUUGGGUGAUUCAAGGGUUUGGCUUAUUUUUGGAUUUGUAGUGUCUGUUAAAUUUAUGUUGAUCAACAGCUACCAUUCUACUGAUUUUGAGGUUCAUCGUAAUUGGAUGUCUAUAGUCUACAAUUUACCUCUCGGUCAUUGGUAUCAUUCACAAAUUUCAAAAUGGACGUUGGACUAUCCUCCUUUCUUUGCUUAUUUUGAAUGGGUUUUGGCUAAAUUAGCUUUUUUAAUUGAUCCAAGUAUUUUAACUCUUGGGAAGGAAGAAUAUUUUUCAACCUCUACACUUUAUUUUCAAAGAAUUAGUGUUAUAAUGGCUGAUUUUAUUUAUUUUCUGGGUUGUGCUAGCGUUUCUUCUUCAUUUGUUUCCACAGAAUGGGCUGUCGGAGAGAAAUUUAUGGCUAGAGCAAAAUUGUGUCUUUUUACUCUUUUAAUGUUAAAUCCGGCUCUCAUAAUUUUGGAUAAUAUUCAUUUUCAAUAUAAUGGAUUUUUGUAUGGUUUUCUUCUUUUGUCGAUUGGGUCAAUUGCUAGAGGGGAUUUUUUGAAGGUUUUGAAUAUUUUUUUGUUUAUUUUUGGUGUUUUGGAUGUUUCGAGUUUUCAAAAUAUUUUUUAA